AUGACACAUUAUUCUUCCUACAUAAAUGUAGCAAAGUACAACUUGAAGAGUACAAAAAAUCUCUAUUUAAUUUUAAAAAAAAUUAAUGGACUCUCCAUCACUAUAAUCAAUGAAUACCGUAGAGUCAACUUCUUAAAUGCUACUUUUGACUUGGAUACUGGUCUACAUGAACCGUUUCAUAAACCUAAUGAGAACCUAAAAUACAUCAAUAUUGGAUCUAAUCAUCCACCAUCAAAAAUGUUAACAACAUCUCGGAAACCAAAUAACUACAAAAGCAAUAUCAAAAACCUAGAUAAUAGAAUCCCAAAACAUAAGAUAAGACUAACCAAAUCCAAACACAUUAGAAUCAAUCAUGAGUUAAAGAAAUCUUAUAAUAGACAACAAAUUAAACGAUUACCGCCACAAAAUCUAGUUGCCGCCUCAAGCACCCAUACAAAUAGACCUAACCAAAAAUUUAAAAACCAUGACGUCCUUUGGUAUAAUCCAGUCUGGAACUCCAACAACUCAUCUAAUAUCGCGAAACAAUGUUUAACCGCACUUGAUCGCUGCUUCUCUAAAAAUGGAGUGUACAAUAAAAUAUUUAAACGUCACACUAUAAAACUAUCCUAUGCAAAUUCAUCCUUAGAUCACCAUAUUCAUAGGAUUAACAACCGUAAACUGAGACGAAGAAUAGUCGGCAAUCCAAAUAACUUUCUUGACAUGAACCAUAACUCAUAUGACCCACCUAAAGACAACGUUUAUAACUCGAAUUAUACUACCAAUCAACAGAGCAAUACUUACAAUAUCCAUGAUAACCAUCCAAAAAGCAACACUAGCAACAGUUCAAAUAAUGAACUGAGAACACCUAGUGAUAAUAAAACGAAAAUAUUGGCAACCAAAAUUCCGAACAGAUCCAAUCCUUCAAGCGCUCGAUGUACACAAGCCACCAACAUCAAGCCGUUAUUCUCAUGCUGA